AUGUUUCUCGUGCAAGCGCAAAGGCGGCGGCAGCAAUGGCUGCUUCUGCCGCUGUUGGUGGCCACAGCUUUGCUCGCCGGGCGUGUGCUGGCCAACGAGAACACGCUCCCUUCUUAUUAUUAUGCCUCCCCUAUCCGCGUCGAGUGCAUGAACCGAAGCUCCGAGACGGGCGAGCAUAUCGAGAACGCGGCGCACGAAAUACAAUGGAUCCCGUUCCCCGUGUGCAACGAAACCGGCCAGCCCCUCGAGUUCCAAUACGGCGUCGAAGGCGAGAAGAAUUGCACCAUCGACAUGGUCAGCGACCCCUUCUUCCACCUCCUAGAGUUCUACAUCCACAGCGACGCCCCGCUCGCGUGCCGACUACCAUCGCGACCUCCCCCGCAUAUCCACGUCGUCGGCGACAAGGUCCCCGAGCCCGAAUACGUCCCGCUCGUCUUUGCCCUCGCUGGCACGCUGCAGCUGAGCCACAUGCACAUCAGCACCCACCUGAACGUGCUGCUGCACAGCACCCCCAAGCACCACAUCCACCCUCACGACAGCGGCGUGCUAGACAGCGGUACUGCCUACAGCACGAGCCCAUUGACACACAUGGAAGGCAGCGCCACGCGCCGCCUCGUCAUUGGGGACCCGCUGCCAUUGAGCUUCAGCGUCCGCUGGUUUCCGACGCCGGCUCUGCCCAAGACCGAGGGUAAGGUCGAGUGGGCCGGCAUGGGAGGACACAUCUACGCCAGCACUGUCUUCUACAGCCUCGUUUCGUUCUUGACUGGCACCGUCGUGUCUGCCGUAUACUUUUUCGGCUCGGUGCUGCCGCGUCGCUUGCGAGGUCGGGGCAUGGGUGGCGCGACACCCCUUGGCUUUGGGCUCAACGGGGUAGGUAACGGUUGGGGAUACCAGAAGCGGGCCAUCGACUAA